AAAUAAAAGCGGGUACGCUUUUAAUUUAGGCAAGCUUUGCUCUACGACGCCAACCUAUAACGUUUCUCUUCACUGUAAACGGAAGUGAACAAUGACUAAGAACAAUUUCCACGUUAGCGUUUAUUAUUUUAACUACACAGCAUCACAUACUUACGCCAUGUAGUCUUUAUUUCGCGUUGGAGUUAGGACUUGGUUGAUAGACGUUAUAUAGGUAACGCAAACUGCUAACAAUGGCUAACUGUAUGGUUUUUCACACUCAAAUAGCCUCCAUCAUGGAGGUGCUAGCGAAUGCAGCAGUAGCAGAGAUUUGUAAACUCGUAGACGACGACUAUGCAGUGUUUCGUUUGGAAAUUUCUGAAAGCCAGAAACAAAACAGGGCAUUGCGGAGGAAAUUACAGUUUCAGGAACUGAAGGUGGCACGAGAGCGCGUCCUCGCCAGUAGUGUCAAGAUCCUCGACCGAGGAAUGACAAGAGGUGGCAGACAUCUCACUGGAGGCCACAGGAGCUUUGUGAAGUCUGUGGGACACAAUACAUGGAGAGAUGACCAACCAAUCAUUGUUGAUGAGGGGAGUGGAACCUCAACCCAGCACGUUAUCAUGAUAGAGCUUGUAAUGCAACAAAAUAAGAGCAACGCCAAGGGGGAUGAAUCCUUUUCAAGGCACUGUAGAUGGUCUGCAGAGGCUGCAGGUCCUGGGGUCAAGCAGGAGAGGUCUGAAGGAGAGGAGGACCCACGGCACAGCAGAGACAUCCAGACUGUAUCAGCGACUGGAGUGGCGCCCCCUGUAGCCACGGAGGACCCCACCACCAUUCCAGCGCAACCCAAGACCCAAUGCAGCAUCACGGAGGUCAGUGGAACGCCGAACGCCGCCCUCAAGUCAGAGACAGACACCGAGACUUUAACGGGGCUGGGGCAACUUGGCUGUCCUCCUGCUCCCCGCUCAGAGAAUUUACUUUACGGUAGCCCGAGGACGGUUCUAUCCCAUCAGGACUCAGGUGACUCGUUACAGACUGGCAAUGAUCCGUCCUCUUCAUACGCUACAGAGACAGAGAUGAUACCUGAUGACAUGCCUGUGGGCUUAGAUACACAGACUAAUCCUACGAGAGGGGAAAUGAACCGGUACAGUAGUAGUGUAUACUCUGAAGGGUGCCUAGAAAAGAAAGGAGAGGAUAUAGUGGUAGAUGCGGUGACUGUGAAAGUGGAGGGUGAUGCACUGACAUGGAAUGUGGACGAGACUCACUUAAGAGAAGGACACUCACUAGGCAACACCAGUGACUUCUUAGACUACAGGGAAAGUUUAGAGACAAAUCUAAAUGUCGUGACCCACUCCCCUUUACUCACUUUCAGGGAUCGCGACCCAGAGUCCACGUCGAUGAAACCUUCAGAUUCACACGGUCGCAUCCUUUUCGAUCAGGUAUUGAACUCAAACAAAAGGAUUAGAGCUAAGGCUCAGGGAGGGGGAGCCACAACAGGCAAUAGUAAAGAGAAACGGUUCCUCUGCAUGUUCUGUAACAAAGGCUUCAGCUGCCCCCAGAAGGUGGAGAUUCACCAGAGGGUCCACACAGGGGAGAAACCCUUCAGUUGUACCCAGUGUCACAUGCGCUUUGCCCAGGCUUGCACCCUGAAGAGGCACCAAAUGGUCCACACGGGGGAGAAACCCUUCAGCUGUACCCAGUGUCACAUGCGCUUCGCCCAGGCUGGUAACCUGAAGAUGCACCUGAAGGUCCACACGGGAGAAAGGUCUUCUGACAUUUAAAUAAAAUCCUGCAUUAAAGACAACGAUGAAUUGUCAUUGUUGUCAGCAUAAAAUAUCCACAGAUGCAUUUGGAAUACUGAGUAACAGAUUUCAGUGUUGAAUAUUCCUGGGUAGAAUAUUUCAUCCAGAUGUGUGAUAUAUAAGCCUAAAAAGUCUGUUACAUAUUGUGUUUAUACUGUGUAAGCUAUAUGAUGGUCACAAAUGCCUAUUUCAUUACUUCCAUUCAACUUAAUUUUUUCUACAAGAAAAUGAAUUACAUUUAUCAAAUUCAUGCAGAUUUUUUGUUGAGACAUGUAUGUGUGGUUUUCACAUGGUGUAUCUAACACUUGUUUCUGUUUAAUAAACACAAAAUGGGACUUUUCA